AAGCUUUGGUUUGUAUGGCUUUGAUUUAGGUUUAUAACGUUAACUUCUCUGCUUCCUUUCUCUUCCUUGUAGCUGUAGCCGCGCCGAAAUUUCUCUCUGAUCACACUCUCCCGCGCUCCUGCCUUUCUCUUCUCUCCUUCCUUCCAUUGCUCCUCCAUACCUUUUUCUCCCUUCACUCCUCUCUUUUCCUCUCUUGGGUCGGCUGCAUUUUUCUCUCUCUUACUCUCCUCUGACCCUCCUUUUGUAAUUCCUUCGUUUCUUUGUUCUAAUCUUUGCGUACUUGACAUUGCUGUGCUGAUUUUGCAUAUUGAAGUUCGUUUCUGCAUCAUCUGAAUGUAUUGUGCCACUGCAUGGCCAUUGAUGGACCUCUAACUGCACAAGUGGACAGGAUCAAAGAAAAAUGCUGCUAGGAUUAAGUUGGAUAUUUUCUUGGUAAAUUCAAGAAGAAGGGCAGGGAAGGAGCGUCUGUGAAACCAUUUCUUGGAAUGGAAACUCAUUACAAAUCUAACAGCCGGGAGGAUCUAGAGGUUGACAUAAUUGAAUGUUCAAAUAAAACUGAUCCCAAAUUUUGUGGGAAAGAAGAUCCUGAUGCAACUGAAUAUUCAAGCUCAUUUGCCGAGACAUCUGAUGCAGAUAAUUGUUCAGGAGUCAGUGAAGGAGAAGUAGAAACUCAAUUUUUUGGAGACAUCGGCUUGCCACCCACAUUUGGUUCAUUUAGUAGCACACUUCAAAUAAGGAAGAGGAAGUUAACAACUCACUGGCAAAACUUCAUCCGCCCUCUAAUGUGGCGCUGCAAGUGGACAGAAUUGAGAAUUAAAGAAAUUCAGUCACAGGCAUUGAAAUAUUCCAGAGCUCUUGCAGUAUAUGAACAAGGAAAAGUCUCUAGCCAUGAUCCAACAAAGGAAGAUUUUUUUUCAAAAGCAUUUCCAUUUUCAAGCCAAUAUUACAGAAGAAAGGCAAUGAAAAGAAGAAAACGAAAGAAAGUUGAAGAUAUAAAUGAUAUAUCAUCCUACAUGUCACAGCAUAACCUUUUCUCCUACUAUGAAAAUAAGAGAUCUGAACUAGAUGGUACUUCUGUAGCUGAUGAAUUUGCUAAUCCAGUGAAAAUGGAGAAACAUGCUGAUUCUGACGACAAAUUUGGGAUUGAUAACGAUUCUGUUCUUGAGUUCAGAGACACUAAUAAUUCCUUGGAACAAGUGCUCUGGAAAAUUGAAGUGGUGCGUUCUCGACUUCACAAACUCAAGGGUCAAAUGGAUAAGGUGAUGUCAAAAAAUGCUGCAAUAUUUUCGUCCUCAGAGAAUCUGAGCCUUCUUGCACCUUGUGAGGCACAGACCAGCUCUGCCCCUAGUCCUACGUUCUCUGCUGGUAAUGGAGAAUUAUCAGUUGGAGUUAUGUGUGCAUCGACUCAACAUAUAUCAGAGUGUGAUAUUGGUGAUCUGAUGAAGCCUGAAAGUGCUAUUUCAAGCUUUGGGGAGGCAAUACUAGUUCCUGAUAUUAUUGAAAGUACAGUUGGUAAUUUGGCUGCUACUGAUGUUUCGGUUCCUCAACCCCAAAUUGGGGACUCAACUGAGGAUAUUGUCGAUAAUGUGCUGAUACACAAUGAAGAGGCUGAGGCAGAGAGAAACACACAUAGCAGGAUUGAAGCGCUGCCUGUUGAAAAGCAUCAAGAACCAGAAAAAGUCAACCAAGGAGAAGGCACAAGUCUCAACUCAAAUCCAACAACACAACCUGAUCCUAUGGGAAAAGCUUUGGUCUCUGAGGAACAAUCAGCUCUUAAGAAAUGUUUAGCUUCAGAUAUCAACUUCCCUAAGAACAAGAGAAAGAGAGGGGAAAGAAAAGCAGGCCCAGGUAGUUGGAACAAGAAACAUUCGAGCGAACCCGAUAGCCAGUAAGUGAUUUUAGCUGUGUCAAUUAGAGGGUCUAGAGCUUGUCAGGCAUAAAAUUUCCACCUUGCCAUUAGCUGUCGGUGUAGGUAAGCAAUGACCAGUUAUCAGGUUUAGUCUUAUAAAGUAAUUUCCAGAUUGAAUCAUCUCUAUUGCUGCUUUGUGCUGCCACAAUGAGUUAGAGAGUGAACCUGAUACUUGUACAACUUAUUUGUGUCAUGUUUAUUAGGAACUUAUCUCUCUCAUAGUCGUAAGUUGGUUUAGAUCUCAAUAAAAAUAACUUUUGCCAA